AUGCUUCGUAUAGUGAAACAAUGUCAAAUAACAUCGUGUAAACGAAAAGUUGAAACACAUUGUUAUCAUUGUAAUCAAGAUGUAUGUGGAAAACAUUUUAAUCAACAUAAACAGGAGAUAAAAGAUCAAAUAUAUCCUCUAGUUGAUGAAAUAAAUGAAUUAAAAGAUAAAUUGAAUCAUUUUGAAUUUUUUGAUAGUAUGAAACAAAUUUAUGAUAAAUUAGAAGUUUGGAAAUAUGAAAGUCAUCAGUUUAUUGAUCAAUUAUAUACGCAAAAAUAUCAUGAAAUAGAAAUGCUAGUAAAAGAAUUUAAAAAUGAAAAACUAAAUAAAAUUGAUAAUUUAGGUCAAAAAAUUAAAAAAGCUAUUGAUGAAGAUGAUGAAACAUUAGAUGAAAUUCAACUAUUUCAAACUGCAUUAGAUACAAUGAAAAAUUCAUUACAGAAACAAUUUUUAACUAUUGAUAUAAAAUCGUUGAAUGAUCCAGUCUUAAUUCAAUUAACUGAGACUAUUAACAAAUCAUCAUUGUUAAAUUUAAAUAAACCAGUUAGAACGUGUAUUCUUAAAUGUUAUGGUCAUUGUCGAUUAGCAUCGAAUGAACAUUAUCUAUUAACAGAUCGUGAUGGUACAAAUUUAUCUUUAUACGAUAAUGAAUUAAUUUUGAAACAUAUCGAUCUGCCUAAUAGUACUGAUUACGUUCGAGAUGUUUGUUGGUGUCAAUUAUUGAAUGUUUUUAUUAUAUUAACACAAAAAAAUGUCUACAGUUUAGAUGUAAAGACAUUUACCAUUGAAACAAUUGAUAAAAUAAUAAUAGAUGAAAAUGAUAAACGUUUUUUUCGUUGUACAUGUUCAAAUGAAACAUUGUAUAUUCUUUUUUGGGCAGAUUAUCAAAUACAACACUAUAGUAUAGAAUCUAGUGGAACAAUUCAACGAUUAGAUAAUUUUAUAGAUGGACAAUAUAAUAAAAAUGAGUUUAUCUAUGAUAUCUGUACAAAUACUAAUAAUAAAUUAGGUUUAACAAUUUUUAAUCGAUUAACAGAUGAAUGGCGUCUUGAUUUAUGUGAUGGUUUAACAAUGACUUUGAUAUGGUCAUUUGAUACAAUUGGAAUAUAUUCUCAUUUAUCAAUAUUACCCGAUAAUGAAUGGUUAUUAGUCAGUUGUGAUACAAAUUUAUUAUAUCAAAUAACAUCAGAAGGAAAACUAAAAGCUAAGAUGAUGUAUGAACAUCCAUUGAAAAGUGCCAUAAUGUUUAGUUCAACAUAUCUAAUUAUUCGUACAUUUGAACAAUUAGAAUUACAUAAAAUUAAAUGA